GUCUUUCCAAUUUGUCUAAUUGUGUUUAUUUAUUUUCUUUCUUUUGUGGUUGAAGUUGAAUUUAAUCUCAGGUAAACUGUUUGUUUCCAAGGAUUUAUUUUAAUCUCUGUUGAAAAAUGUCCAUUCGUUUAGUUUUCGUCUAGACUUUUUAUCCGGUUGCUCAAAAGUCGCGAAAGAGUAAAAGAAAAGUGAAACCCCGUCAAUAUCAAGAAAGAAUUGUUUUCAGAUGCAAUCUCAAAUGAGAAUAUCUUCAGCUUCUUCGAGUGUGGCUGGAGGUGCCUCUGGCGCUCUCAUGGUCGGGCCCAAUUUCAAGGUGGGCAAAAAAAUCGGUUCCGGUAAUUUCGGUGAACUCAGAUUAGGUAAAAAUUUAUACACUGGCGAACAUGUGGCCAUUAAAUUGGAAGCUAUGAAAACCAAAGCUCCUCAAUUGCACUUGGAAUACAGAUUCUACAAACUUCUUGGCAACCAUGAGGGCAUUCCAAAAAUCUAUUACUUUGGACCUUGUGGUAAGUUUAAUGCCUUGGUUAUGGAACUACUGGGUCCAAGUUUAGAAGAUCUUUUCGAUCUUUGCGAGCGUCGGUUUUCAGUAAAAACAGUCAUCCAAAUAGCUCUUCAAUUGUUUAAUAGAAUAGAAUAUGUUCAUUCCAAGCAUCUCAUCUACCGAGACGUGAAACCAGAAAACUUUCUCUUGGGAAGGCCAAACUCCAAGAAGACGGUAAUUCAUAUGAUCGACUUUGGUUUGGCCAAGGAAUACAUCGAUCCGGAGACAAAUAAACAUAUUCCUUACCGGGAACAUAAAAGUUUAACCGGCACUGCCAGAUACAUGAGUAUCAACACACAUCUUGGCAAAGAGCAAAGUCGUCGAGAUGAUUUGGAAGCUCUUGGUCACAUGUUCAUGUAUUUCUUGCGAGGAAGUUUACCUUGGCAAGGAUUAAAGGCCGAUACUCUGAAAGAAAGAUAUCAAAAAAUUGGUGAUACGAAACGAGCAACACCGAUUGAAAUUCUAUGUGAAGGAUUUCCGGAAGAAUUUGCUACAUACUUACGUUAUGUUCGUCGACUGGAUUUCUUUGAAACUCCAGACUACGAAUACCUGAAAAAAUUAUUCAUCGAUUUAUUUCACCGAGAAGGAUUUGCAGAUGAUGGAAUAUUUGAUUGGCACUCAGUAAAUCAACAAUGGGGUGAUGGUGAUAAAAGCAUGGACUCUGAUAGAUUUAGACUAAAUGAAAGAAGCGACAGAAUUGGACAAAAGGACUUCACUAAAAACAUAGGACCCAUGAAAGAAUACUUGACUCCAGCCGAUAGACAUGGCUCCGUACAAGUAGUUAGCUCAACUAAUGGCGAAUUAACCAAUGAUGAUCCAACCACCGGUCAUUCUAGAUCCAAAGUUCAAGAUCCCGCUGAAGUGGAAGUUGUGUCGGAAACAAAAUGCUGCUGUUUUUACAAAAAGAAGAAAAAAAAAUCUUCUCGACCCAAAGAUUAAUUAAUGGCACAUUUCAGUUUCACCAAUCCUGAGCUGAAAUGAAUCUGUUUUCAUCAAUCCCUCUCGGACUUCAUAUCUGCGUGACGACUUAAAGCUCUCUCUCCCCCUCUCUUUCUUUCUCUCUCUCUCUCUUUGUUUCUAUUUCCACCUGUUAUCUCCAAUUUCAUUUAAAUUCUCUUUUGUCACUAUCACUGUCGCUUUCACUGUCUCUCCAGUCCAUAAUCACAUCAUCUUCAUUUUCUAUUCUUACUUUCCCCUCUUAUAUCUAAUUCUGAUCCGAGAAAUGAAAACAGGAACGGCAAAGGACCAAAUAUCUGCAUCCUUCAUUGUCCACUUAGAUCGAGUGUCAACAUGUAAAUUUUGAAAUCAAGUUCCAGAAGCAGAAUACCUGUAACAUCCUAACUUUAAAUCAAUUCAACGAAAGGCUUGGAAUGAUCUAAGCGAAGGUUAAUCUACAACUUUGAUAAACGCUUGAAUAUCUGGGCUAUCAUACCAGAUAAUAUUUUAAAUGGUCAUGUUGAUUGUUGAUUGUACAAUUUACUGGCCCUGGUAUCAAGCACAUUCAUCGUUUUUUUCAAUAAAAUUUAUCGUCACAGUAAAUCAGCUGAGACUUUAUCAUGACCAAGAUAACUUCGUUUACCUCAUUACUUUGGAUGGAUUAACAUUAUAUUGGCUCUCGUUCUGUGUACCAAUUUGGAUCAUCGAAAUGUUUGCUCGUAUCAGAAUUAGCUCAUCGAUUGACUUGAUCAUUUCUAAUUGAUUUAAGCGAAGCAAAUUCGAACUCAUCAAUUUAGCUCAACCAUCAUGGAAUCACAAGUUAAAUAAUGCUCAUGGACGUUGAAAUAACACUACAAACAUUUGAGAGAGUUUAGAUUUGAAUCAAUUGCAUAUUCCUGACAAAGAAAUUAAUCUUUUUCUAAUUUAGUCUCAUGGCUCUGAUAAGACGCUCAAUGGAUCAGUUAUUAUAUCAUAAACCGUAAUUUUUUUGAUAUUUGCAAAGCCUUUUAUCGGAUCUCAAAUCAAAUGGUUUAUACAUGUACCACAAUUAAUGGACUUGAAGUAAAUGAUUUCAGUUUUUGGUCAACGAUUAAUAAUAGAAUUGGAUCAAGAUUAAUAAAGUUGUAUCAAAAUCUGUGAUUAAAACAAAGCUAAAGUUUCCAAUCAUUUA